UUCUGUUAAUUAUUUGCCUUUACCAAUCGUUAAGAAGACUCAUUCCUGGGCCAGGGAUUUAGCUCAGUGGUUCCGCCGCCUGCCUCGCAAGUGCAAGGACCUGAGUUCGAUCUCUGGUACCAAAAAAAAAGAAGACUCAUUCCCAAGUAUUUAAAUUUUAUGCUAUUAUAAAUGAAUAUAUAGAUCAGGAAAUCAGCAAGAUGAAGCUGUCUGCGGCCCCGAGCCACCCGUCCACCUGCAGCAUCCUGCAAGAGCAGAUGAGCGACCAUCUGGAAAUUAACAGAGAAAAUGCUAGGAAAAAUGACAAGCUGCUGUCAUUACUGAAAGAUGUAUGUGUUGAUUCCAAAGAUCCUGUAUCACCUCUGCGGAUAAAAGAUUCUGAAACAUGGCAAGAGACAAAGGAAUCCAGAUUGCCAAAGGGCUAUCACUUUGGUAUGGAUAUUAAGAACAUUCCCAAGGGCAAGAUUUCCACUGUAGAGGCCUUGACACUUCUCAAUAAUCAUAAACUUUAUCCAGAAACAUGGACUGCUGAGAAAAUAGUACAAGAAUACCAUUUAAAACUGGAAGAUGUAAAUUCGCUUCUCAAGUAUUUUGUUACUUUUGAAGUCAAGAUCUUUCCUCCUGAAAACAAGAAAGCAAUAGAAUCAAAAUGAAG